AUUUCCAUUCUGGCUGGGAAGGGCUGGGGCUCUACUCAGCCUGGAGAGCGAAGCGCUUCACUGAGUGCCCGCCACCGCCCAGCCUUUCCUCGCGCGCCUCCUAGCUCUUUGCUGAGCACCCGGGAGCCAGGAGGGGUCAGGAGCCCGAGGGUGGCAGGGGCGAGUCAGUCUGGCUUGCCUCCUACCUGGCUUCCCUUCCGUCUCCCCUUCCCACCUGGGUGCGAGCGAGCGUGUGAACCAUGGAGCGAAGAGCCUGGACUCUGCAGGGCACUGCCUUCGCCCUUUUUUGCGCGUGGUGUGCACUGAACAGUGUGAAAGCUAAGAGGCAGUUUGUCAAUGAAUGGGCGGCGGAGAUCCCCGGGGGCCCAGAGGCAGCCUCGGCCAUCGCCGAGGAGCUGGGCUAUGACCUUUUGGGUCAGAUUGGAUCACUUGAAAAUCACUACUUAUUCAAACAUAAAAACCAUCCCCGAAGGUCUCGAAGAAGUGCCAUUCAUAUCACUAAGAGAUUGUCUGAUGAUGAUCGUGUGAUAUGGGCUGAACAACAGUAUGAAAAAGAAAGAAGUAAACGUUCAACUCCAAGAGACUCAGCACUAAAUCUCUUCAAUGAUCCCAUGUGGAAUCAGCAAUGGUAUUUGCAAGAUACCAGGAUGACAGCAGCCCUGCCCAAACUGGAUCUUCAUGUGAUACCUGUUUGGCAAAAAGGCAUUACGGGCAAAGGAGUUGUUAUCACUGUACUGGAUGAUGGCUUGGAGUGGAAUCACACGGACAUUUAUGCCAAUUAUGAUCCAGAGGCUAGCUAUGAUUUUAAUGAUAAUGACCAUGAUCCAUUUCCCCGAUAUGAUCCCACAAAUGAGAACAAACAUGGGACCAGAUGUGCAGGAGAAAUUGCCAUGCAAGCAAAUAAUCACAAAUGCGGGGUUGGAGUUGCAUACAAUUCCAAAGUUGGAGGCAUAAGAAUGCUGGAUGGCAUUGUGACAGAUGCUAUUGAGGCCAGUUCAAUUGGAUUCAAUCCCGGACAUGUGGAUAUUUACAGUGCAAGUUGGGGCCCUAAUGAUGAUGGAAAAACUGUGGAGGGACCUGGCAGGCUUGCCCAGAAGGCUUUUGAAUAUGGUGUUAAACAGGGGAGACAAGGGAAGGGCUCCAUCUUCGUCUGGGCUUCUGGGAAUGGGGGACGUCAGGGAGAUAAUUGUGACUGUGAUGGCUACACAGACAGUAUCUACACCAUCUCUAUCAGCAGUGCCUCACAGCAAGGCCUGUCCCCCUGGUAUGCUGAGAAGUGCUCCUCCACACUGGCCACCUCUUACAGCAGCGGGGACUAUACCGACCAGCGAAUCACAAGCGCUGACCUGCACAACGAUUGCACCGAGACCCACACAGGCACCUCAGCCUCUGCACCUCUGGCUGCUGGCAUCUUCGCUCUGGCCCUGGAAGCAAACCCAAAUCUCACUUGGAGAGAUAUGCAGCACCUGGUUGUCUGGACCUCUGAGUAUGACCCACUGGCCAAUAACCCCGGAUGGAAAAAGAAUGGAGCAGGCUUGAUGGUGAACAGUCGAUUUGGAUUUGGCUUGCUAAAUGCCAAAGCUCUGGUAGAUUUAGCUGAUCCCAGGACCUGGAGCAGCGUGCCUGCGAAGAAAGAGUGUGUUGUAAAGGACAAUGACUUUGAGCCGAGAGCUCUGAAAGCUAAUGGAGAAGUUAUCAUUGAAAUUCCAACAAGAGCUUGUGAAGGACAAGAAAACGCUAUCAGGUCCCUGGAGCAUGUGCAAUUUGAAGCAACAAUCGAAUAUUCCCGAAGAGGAGACCUUCAUGUCACACUUACAUCUGCGGCUGGAACCAGCACUGUACUGUUGGCUGAAAGAGAACGGGACACAUCUCCCAAUGGCUUUAAGAAUUGGGACUUCAUGUCUGUUCACACAUGGGGAGAGAACCCUGUAGGCACCUGGACUUUGCGAAUUACAGACAUGUCUGGAAGAAUGCAAAAUGAAGGAAGGAUUGUGAACUGGAAACUGAUAUUGCAUGGGACCUCUUCUCAGCCAGAGCACAUGAAACAGCCUCGUGUGUAUACGUCCUACAAUACCGUUCAGAACGACAGAAGAGGGGUGGAGAAGAUGGUGAACCUGGGGGAGGAGCAGCCCACACCAGAGAAUUCUAACGACAACCCCCUGGGGUCCAAAAGUCCCAGCAGUGAGAGUGUCGGGGGCAGAAGGGAUGAGCUGGUGGAAGGAGCCCCAUCUGAGGCCAUGCUGCGACUCCUUCAAAGCGCUUUCAGCAAAAACUCGCUGCCAAAACAGUCACCAAAGAAGCCCCCCAGUGCAAAGCUCAGCAUCCCUUAUGAAAACUUCUACGAAGCCCUGGAAAAGCUGAACAAACCUUCCCAGCUUAAAGACUCCGAGGACAGUCUGUAUAAUGACUAUGUUGAUGUUUUCUAUAACACAAAACCUUAUAAGCACAGAGAUGACCGGCUGCUUCAAGCUCUGGUGGACAUUCUGAAUGAGGAAAAUUAAAAUAAGUGUGUGGUCCCCAAGUUGGAAAUAUUCACACUUCUUCCUUACCCUUAGGUUUGGCCUGUGUCUGAAGUGCUUGUUUUGUCAUUGAUUCCUAUGCUUAUAAUAUCCUUCAUGGCACUUUUUCUUUUUCUCCCCAAACUGUACAUUUGAAGGGGAUGAGCUCAAGUAGGAAAUUCAACUUCCAGAAUUGAUCAUAGCUUUUUCAAAACACAUCUAUCCUACCUGCCCAAGCAAAGUGAACAUCAAAGCCAGUCAUACUAAGCAAAUGUUGUGCAAGUAGUUCUCUCUGGAGUCACAGUUGACACACAGCUCUCAUGCUGCAUUAGGAUUCCUCCUUUGGCCCAUUUCAUUUCUCAAAAGGAAAGGCAAAGCCUAGGCAAUCAAUUAAUUUGAAAAAGUAAUCUGCAAAGAAUGAGUGAGAGAAAGAGAAAGAGAGAGAGAGAGAAUUGUUCCUAUAGCAUGUUUCCAGUCUUGGCCAUUUGGCUCUUCAAAUUUGGAUGCCAAGAAAGCAUUUGAAAGUCUAUAAUUAAAGAGUUCACAAUUAGACCCACACACCCUAGGCCUUUCUACUCCAAAUGCUACUCAUUCCUGGACUCAAAAUCUGGUCAUGUUGGGGUGGGAGGGGAAGAUCUCUAUUAUUUAGAUCUAGAAACAGACCUUGAAAUCUGCAUUUUUCUGGUUUGAGCAAUCACAGGGCAUUCUUCUUUGUCUGGUGUACCAUGUAGAGGCAUUUGUGAGUCCAGAGGUGGCUUUGUGUCCUGGUCUUCCUCAAGUUCCCUUUUCUGAAAGUUUUCCUUACCUGUCUUCUUUUUCAACCACAAAUUGCAUAUUCAGAGAAUGAAUUUAUACCAGUUUCUCAGAAAAGAAAAAACUCGGCCAAUUCCUAGUCACAUUUUUAAAAAAUAAGAAUAACAGGAAACAACAAGAAACCACAAAUCACGUGGAAAACUAAGGUAAUAACAGGAACAUAUUCCUAAUGGGAAGAACCAAUGAGAGGUUUUGUUAUUUUUUUCAAAUUUUGUUCAUUAAAACAGGAUGUUCUGGAUCUUUGAAACUGAAUGUUCAUUCUUUGACACUAAAGGAACUUCUCCAGUCCUACAGCUGAUAGUAUCCAAAUUCUCACCAAAUUGUUUCCAAACUUUAAACCAAGAGACACAAACUGGCCGCACACAGACCUUUUUUGUCUCUCAGGUAGAUUUUGCUCGGUAUGCAGAAUGCUUUGAAAAUGUGAUUGAUUACUAAAAAUAGGAGAUUUCACAUAAAACCUGAUUUUCAGACCCAUUUUCCCUCAUGGCAAAUGUUGGCUGGAACUGUGGAGUAACUGCCUAAUUAGACUUGAGCUUGAGGUCCCCAAGGCACUCUGCUUCAUGCUACUUACAGCAGCCCUUUGAUUCAUUACCGGUCAGCAUCCAAUAGGUAUUUGAUUGUGCCCAUUCCUGCACUAAACGAAUGUGUACAAAGUAUAAAUGCAUUAGAAAAAAAACUACCCUUAAUUUCUGUUAGACAGUAUCUGUGCAAUAAUGAUUAUGAAAGUUUGCUAUGAUCUAAUUAAUUUAGGUUGCAUUUCUAGGGGAAAAAAAGUGGCAUUUUUGAAUCUGAAGAUACCUUUGAAAUCUAGUUUGACAUAUUGACUCUCACUUCACCUGGAUGCUCACUAAAACUAAUUCAUUCAUUGCCAACUAGUUUCCCCUCUCUCAGUGUGCUCACAAAGGCUGACUACAAUGCUGGCUUUCUCUCACUGAGUUUGUUGUUUGCAGUUCUUCCAUGAAGUUUGAAUUUCGUAAUGUCUUUCAUGGCAUUGAACUGGUUUAGGAAGAGAAUAUUAGUCUGUCACCUGUUCUGGCUUGAAGUGUGGUUGGCAAGACAAGAUUCACUUGUUAUUCUGCCAUUUGAAUUUGUGUAGAUCAAGGGUAUUUCCAGAGUAAUACCCGUGAUGCUUAGCGAAAGUUCUCCUAGAAGACUUGUAGUAUCACUCUGCCCUUGAAAUGUUCACAUGUUGCUUGAUAUGAAGUGUUAGAUAGAAUUUUGACUAUUGAAGCACAUCAAAAAGUAUUAAAACUGAAAAGGACCAGAAAGUUACUCAUUUUCAACUAAAAACAAAUACAAAAUCCAGAAAGGCCAGUAAGUGGUAAUAAACAAAAGAGUUGGAAUUAAGACUCAUCCUUUCCCCAUUCCUAAUCUAGUGCUAAAUGUAUGAAGCUUUCUUUUUAAUCAUUCCUAACAGUAUCUCUUCUGGGUUAAAACCCCAAUCAACUCAUCGGGUUGUAGCCAAAGGUUCACUCUCGAGAAGCUUUAAUAUUUAAAUAAAAUUAUGUUGAAUGUUUCCAACCUGGAGUACAUUGUUUAGACAUAAAAGUUUUGUCAGUCUUUCUCAGUGCCUGCGUGAAUUUUUGUGAAAAUGUAAAAGAGGAAACUUAUAUAAUAUUUCCCUUGGAAUUUUAAACUAUAUUUUCUUUACAGGUAUUUAUAAUAUGCCAAUGCUUUUAUCAAACAGAAUUUUAAAAGGCAUAAUAAAUUAUAUUAAAGAACCAGAAGUUUUCCUGCAUAUAAGAAAGUUUCAUCCAAUAAAAUAUUUUUUGAAAGGCAUGUUCCUCUCUCAAUGAAAAAAGUAUAAUAUGUAUGUGCUAUGAUAUUAAAGUGGCAUUUGUCUAAUAGCCUAAUACAAGCUUUACAUGUGUGGUCUUAGCAUUCUUACGGGAACUAUCACAUUAUACAUGUGAUGUAUUAACCAGAAUAUGUAAAACAUUGCUUAUAAAUCAAAAGAAUAAAUGGUUUCUCACUAAGUCAAAA